CUGGCCCUCCCAGGCUUGAAGUGAGUCGGAACAUGACUUCAAGUGUUUGGGUAACAAAAAGAGGAAUCUAAAGAUGGAAGGAGCUGAUCCCUGCUCACCUUUGAACCAGCAGGUUUCUGGAUGGUGGAUUCCCCAACCUCCCCUUUCUUGAGGCUUCUACUGUACUAUUGUUCUCUGCUUCAUUCUGCGAUAAACUCAAAGAAAAGGAAGUGGUAAGGAAUAGAUUCCCCCUGGUCUAGCUCUGGUGGAGAGGGACGGUGAUGCCAACAGCUGUCUUCAGAGACUGUUGGGUCUCUCCUCUGGUCUUCGCCACGUAAAGUCCUUUCAGAUCUGGGAAAGAAAUGCCUGAAAGAGCCUUCAGACUCUGUUUUGAACCAGAACAGGCUCCCAAAACUCGCAUCGGUCUGUGCCUGUGAGUUCGGGAGGCUGCACAACACUGUGCUGAGAUGCUGAGCAGUUUUGCGAGCUCCUCGAUGGGUGUGGCUGUGGGCGUUUCCCUCCUUGUACUCUUCCUGGCCUGUGGAAUUGGAUGUGUUUGGCACUGGAAGCGCCGGGAAGCCACAGCAUUUACCUUACCGAAGUUUAUGCAAAGGAGAAGCAGCAGACAUAAAGACUGCACAAAAACCCUUGGCUCGAGUGCCCACGUGGUUUGCCCAAGCUCUGAAACCUCAGUGGAAAGCAAAGGCCACAAGUCUUCUACCAAGAGAAAUAGGAUGCUUGGCGAGUACGAAAAUGUGGAAGUGGGUCCUCCGGACACCGAAGUGGCAGCCGAGAAGGCGCUGUACGAAAACACGCAGCCAUCCAAUCUCGAGGAGCAUGUCUACGGGAAUCAAACAGAGGCUCUCUAUUAUAAUUUCCAGAAGCCUACCCCUCCUGCUCCUCAAGAUGAUGACACAUACAUCCUUCCAGAUUCCUACUAGCUUCUCCUCCACUGAGACUCAUUGCUGCAAGAAAAAAUGAUCACCAGGCUUUUGCAUGGACACAUGUCAUCGUGAUCAAAUUCUGAUGAAAUCGGUGGUCUCUUUUCUGUCUCUACUCUUACAAAUCCUCACUAGUAGAACCACUGUGGACAAAUUCCAGAAACUGCCUCUGCCUUGGGUUAAAUCUAUGCUGUGUUAUGUUAAUUCUUCUCUUUAAAUAUUUGCCAAUACAGCUUGCCUUCCUUCCUUCCUUCAUCAUCUGUGAGGCUCAGUGUUAUUGCCAUAGUCUCCUAGCAGCUCAUCCUCCUGAUUUUGUUUUGCUGUGAUGAGGGGCUAACCCAUGGCCUUUCACAUACCAGGUAAGUGCUCAACCACCGAGCCACAUCUCUAGACAGGUCUUCUGAAUUAUAUCCAUCCAGUCAACAGCCUAUGAUGCAGCAGACUGAUCUUCCAGAAACAUCUUAGGUGGUCAUUUUGUUCUUUUGCAUAUACAUACAGCUCAAGACCCUGAGUCCAGAUUUUAUGACUUGUUCAGUUACUAUUUACUUUCCCAGUGAUUUCUCCUGACCCCUUCCAUGCUUGAAUCAAAACCAUCUCAACGCUUCCAGGCCCUACCCUCUACUCCAUGGCGUUGCUUGACCACCUUCUGAAGCCUGCUCAGAUUGUAACUUCUUCCAUCAUCUUCUGAGUCAUGCUAAACCUGACUUUCCGUUUUUAGUUUCCAAUAUUCUGGAGAUCUUACUGCCUGUUUAACUCUUUGAGCAUUUAAGGAUAUGAAUAUUUGCUAUGCAUUUAUUACUAAUAUAAUAUGAGAACAUCUUUAGUUGCAACUAAAUAGAAAGGAACUAUCCUUCUUUUAGACCCAAAGAAAUUAUAUGAGGAACUAAAAAUUUGGUUAAUUGACAAAAAUUGUAUCCUGCAUUUUGUUAAGUAGUUUUAAAGAAAAUUAAUAAAUUUACUAAUUCCA